AUGAUGAUGCACGUCUACGGCAACGCCCUUCUCACAAUAGCAGCGGCGGCGGCAGCAGAAAGCUCCGAGUCAAGCCUAACUCAUAGAGACCCUCUCAACAUUCAACCUACUACGAUCAUGGUUCCCCAGGAAGGACCAGGAGAGAUGCCGGACGUUCCAUACAUCUUGGCGCCAGGGGAGUUCUUCAAUGAGAUCAGAAACUCCCCGCUGCGUCGUCGAGCCUGGGUCCUUCAGGAAUCUUAUAUUUCCAACCGCAUUCUGUUCCUCGCUGAUACUCAGCUCUGGUGGGAGUGCCGCGAGGUACUCUGCUGCGAAUCUUGGCCAACAGGGAUUCCAGAGGUGAUGGAUGUAAUGGCGUACCAUCUAGACAGGGAAAAGGCCAGGAACGGCAUCCAAUCAUCCCAUUCUGCCUGGCUCAGUCUAGUUCAAGAGUACACACGCUGUAGACUGACCAACUUUUCCGACAAGUUGAUCGCCAUGGCUGGACUGGCAAGCCACCUACAACCUAGCAUCGGGACCGACGAGUACGUCGCGGGAUUCUGGCAAUCUCAGUUACCCCAUAUUCUAUGCUGGGGGGGGUUGGUCAGGCCUAUAGAGGGAUUCCGACCAUCUCAGUACAGAGCGCCCUCGUGGUCCUGGGCUUCUCUCGAAGGGGCCAAGUUCCAUCUGGACCGCAGCCCCAACCAUUCUGACACGGCUACUUGCCAAAUACUCAGUAUUCAUCUCGUACAGGCUGGUACAAACCCAUAUGGAGAUCUCAAAGGAGGCUACAUGCUUCUACGUGGCCGACUCUUCCCGGUAACGAGCGAGGGAAAUUUCACCAGUAAUUUCCAAUUUCUCAGGUUCCCAGACCACACACCAAGUCCACGCAGAGCCAUGUACGCUCGGUGGGACGAAGCAAUUUCCGGAAAGACGCUGAUCUCUCAUCUCGAUACUUCCGGUAUCGACCUCCUGGAAGAUGCCUCGCUGAUCUCGGCAAAGCGGGUCACCAAGAUUGCGGAGCACUGGGAGGGCGAUCUCUUCUACUUCCCAGUGUUCGAGUUCAGUAGUGAUAGAGAGCCGGGAACAUGUGGCUUAAUCCUAGGUCGUGCCAAAGGAGAGCCUGUUGAUCGGUUCCAGAGACUAGGGUGGUCCAGGUGUGCGGGUGAAGGCCCGUGUUCUUACUUUAGGAGAGGGGAGUCUCGGGAGUUUUUCAUCGUUUAG